GGGUCAUCACACUAUACACGUUCUCCACAGCCUCAGUCAUGAUCAAUGGUCACUUGUCGGAGCCGUUUCCUCUUACAAGGUCUCUCAGACAGGGAUGCCCACUGGCACCCCUAAUCUUCGUGCUCCAGCUGGAGGUGCUGCUGAAUAAGAUUCGCUCCCUCCCGAUUAUUCGUGGUCUGCAGCUACACACGGGCAACGAAUGUAAGGUGAAGGUGCUGGCUGAUGAUCUCUUCGCAGUCUGCGAAAAUUCUGAGCCAGCUCUGACAGCAAUGAACAGUGUAUUGUGUGAAUACUCCACGUUAUCAGAGGCAUCAGUGAAUUGGUGCAAGUCAACCUACCUCCUCCCGGCGCAGUUCGAACUCAAGGUGGAAUGGGGCAUGAAGAGAGUGGCGAAGGGAGAGGAGGAACGAUUCCUGGGAAUGCUGAUAAGUCUGCAGAUCGAAGCUUCGUCGCAAGGCCUACUCCUUCAGCAGCGGAUUGCAGCUAGACUAAGGAUAUGGGGUUCAGCAUGGCACCUAUCAUUGAUAGGCAGAGCACUGGUGGCCAACGCGGCUCUGUUCUCCAUUCUCUGGUUUGUUACCACGGUGAUUGAAUUGGCAGACGGCAUGGCAAGGGCUAUUAGGAAAUUGGUGGCACGUUUUCUCUGGAAACCCAGGGCCCAGAGCACUGAGUCAUUCAUCUCCAAAGUGGCACUCGACACCUUGUCCUUCCCGAGGGAGAAAGGGGGUCUGGGUCUGGUGGAACCGACAAGGAAGAACCAAGCUCAGUUGUUGAUCUGGGUAAAGAAAGCCGCUGGUCUGGGCGAGUCGGAACAUUGGGUGGCUCUAGCGGAGCGAAUUCUAAUGGGGGAAUGGAAGCUGAGCCGCCCGAAAGAUGUCUGGGCCUGUUUCUUCAUGCCAUCCUUUAGAAAGAAGAGACUCUGUUCUGGAUUCUGGGAACCUAUCAGAAGAGCCUGGAAAAGAAUGUCGCCGAACUCCCAGUCCACCCCCACCACGAAGGAAGAAGUGCUAAAUCAGCUUCUAUUCGAAAAUCCAGUUGUGGUGGACAGCUCUCAUACCCCCUUCCUCGCAGAUGGCAAGCCUGGGACGUUUGGGCGAGCCACGGUGAGAAGAGGAGUGGUGAAAAUGGAGGACAUUUGGUCCUUGCCACUACGAGGAUGGAUCCCACUCAGGGAGCUCAAGCUGAAGUUAAGAGGCCUGCAGCGAACGGAAGAGCACUGGCAUCGACUCAUAGAGGCCAUACCCCUGGAGUGGCUAGAUAUCCUUGGUCCGGAUGGUAUCGAUCCCACAAGCACGAUGUCUCAGAUACGGAACCCAGAGGAGAUAUUCUCUGGAAGGUAUUGGAAAUCCUGCCCAGCGGCUUCAGGAGAGUAGAAAGGUGGAGGAACGUCGGCCCACUGAACUUGCCGUCUUUCGUGGAAGGAACGACAGCCACAACGU